UUAGAUUUAAGUUUCCUAAAUUAAACCUAUAUUUUUUAAUAUAUUUCUUUGGAAGGGCUUAAAUUAACUAAAAUACGGUCAAUUUCGAGACCGUAAUGUGUAAAAUUGACCUGUGAUGCAUUACUGAGUUGAAUUCCACUGGAGUAGUAGAUUUGGAAUUAGGGCUUGAAUAUUCCACCAUGUUUGCGAAAACUGUUAAGAGUUUAGUUAACUUCCGAGAACUUAAAGCGUUAAAUAAUUAUAUAUAUAAUGUUUAUCAGCGUAAAAAUAAAGUGUCCCCAAUCAUCAAAAUAGUGAGCUCUACAUCGGAAGAAAUUGACGUAAAGCCCAAGUCCAAGUUAACAGUUCUUCUAAAUAACGGUGAAGAAAUUCCGAUGUUGGGGUUGGGUACAUGGAACAGUCUGGACUAUCAAGUUGGAGAAGCAGUGAUGACAGCAAUUGACGCCGGGUAUCGUCAUUUUGAUUGCGCUCACGCUCAUCACAACGAACAACAAAUCGGAUUAGCAUUGCGUGCAAUGUUUAGAAGAACUCAACUAAGCCGAAAAGACAUUUUUAUAACAAGCAAACUAUGGAAUACUUUUCAUCGACCGAGUUUAGUGAGGUUAGCCUGCGAAACUUCUUUAAAAAAUUUGCAAACAGAUUAUUUGGAUUUGUAUUUAAUGCAUUGGCCAAUGGCUUUUAAGGAAGGAAAUGAUCUCAUUCCUUUAGAUUCUGAAGGCGAAAUAAUUUUUUCAUAUAAUGAUUUUGUUGAUACAUGGAUGGCAAUGGAGAAACUUGUAGAAGAUGGUCUGUGCAAAGCUAUUGGUCUAUCCAAUUUCAAUGAAACGCAAAUUGAACGUUUACUUAAAAAUGCAAGUAUAUACCCAGCAGUUAACCAAAUCGAGUGUCACCCUUAUUUAACACAAAAAAAACUAAAAGAAUUCUGUGAAUCAAAAGAUAUAGCAGUGAUUGCAUAUAGUCCAUUAGGUUUGCCCCGAAAUCCAUUUUGCAAUUCAUGUAAUAAACCUCUCAUACAAAGGAAAGAGAUUACACAAUUAGCUAAACUUCUUCAUAAGACUCCAGCCCAAAUUCUUAUAAGAUAUCAGUUACAACGUGGCAAUAUAGUUAUACCUAAAUCGGUCACUAAGGCGCACAUUAGGUCUAAUAUUUUAGUUAAUGAUUUUGAGCUGACUGAAGAAGCUAUGAAGAUGUUGAAUAAGUUAAAUAUUAAUUAUCGUCAUGUACAUUUCAAAACUGCCAGAAAACAUCCGGACUAUCCCUUUAAAUAAAAUGCAUUAUAGCUAAUGAUAUAUCACAAUCCUCGUGACGCCAUCAUAAGAAAAUAUUAACGCACUAUGGAAUAUAAUUUUUAUUACGAU